AUGUUCUCCAAGUCGACUUUCGUGGCAGUUGCCCUGUUCGGCCUGUCCGCCGUUGAAGGACACAUGAUCAUGUCCAAGCCUGUUCCCUAUGGCAAGGAUACUCUCAACAACUCGCCUCUGGCGGCUGACGGCAGUGACUUCCCCUGCAAACUCCGUUCCAACACCUAUGAAGUCACUGAGUGGAACAAGGCAGCUAUUGGCGAGAGCAUGCCCCUGACCUUCCAGGGCAGUGCCGUCCACGGUGGAGGAUCCUGUCAGAUUAGUCUGACCACGGAUCUAGAGCCUACCAAAGACUCAUCGUGGAUGGUCAUCAAGUCCUUCGAGGGUGGCUGUCCUGCUAAUGUUGAUGGAAAUCUCCCCGCAAACCCCAACGGGGUGGAUCCGUAUUCCUUCAACUACACCAUUCCUGAGGGUAUUACUCCUGGCAAAUACACUCUGGCCUGGACCUGGUUCAACCGCAUCGGCAACCGCGAGAUGUACAUGAACUGCGCCCCUCUUGAGGUCACUGGCGGCUCCGGUUCCAAGCGUUCCCGCGUGAUGCCGAAAUUGGAGGAGCGCUCUUCCAGCUUCCCUCCCAUGUUCGUCGCCAACGUCAACGGCUGCACUACCAAGGAGGGUGUCGAUAUUCGCUUCCCUCAGCCUGGUGCCGAUGUGCAGUAUCUUGGUGUGGCCAGCAACUUGGCACCCGAAGGCAGCGCUGCCUGUACUGGUACCGCUACCUUUGGUGGUGCCGGUGACACGAGCUCUGGUACCAGCUCUGGCACGAGCUCCGGCUCUGGUACCAGCUCUGGCACGAGCUCCGGCUCUGGUUCCGGCUCAAGUGCAGCAUCGAGCGCAGCUGCUGCCGUCUCUACGGCUUACGCAGCGCCUCCAGCAGCAAGCUCUGCUUCGUCUGGGUCUUUGUCUGAAUCUUCGUCUGGAACUUCCUCCGGAGCUUCCUCCGGAGCUUCUUCUGGAACGUCCUCCGGCACGUCCUCUGGAUCGUCUUCUUCUGCAUCCGGCAGCACUAGCACAUCGACCUCUGGUGCCCUGUCCGGCUCUUGUAGCCAGGAGGGCGAAUGGAACUGCAUCGGCGGCUCUUCCUUCCAGCGUUGCGCCAACGGCAAGUGGACCUCUUCCCAGGCUAUGGCGAGCGGCACCCAGUGCACGCCGGGCCAGAGCGCCGACCUCUCCAUCGCUAGUGCCAGUUCCAAGCGCGAUGUGACUGAGAUGCGCGCCAGACGCCGUGCCCACGGAGGUCAC